AAAAGGCUGACUUCUAUGCACUAAAUUCAACUAAACACCAGCAACAUGAAGACCGCUCUCGUCCUGCUUUUCCUGGCCCUCUUCGCGGCUGUAUACGCCGACCAAGCCUGCGAUCCCGAUGGCAAUGGCAAGCCUGACUGCACAGGACGCUCCGGACUAGUUGCCCGUGACUUCUGGGACCCAACCCAUUUCUGGGAGUGCGACGCGACCGCCAAUGCUAAUCUUGUGGCUUGCCAACAAGGAACUGGAUUUGACCCCAAGACCGGAGGAUGCAUCCCCUGGAGCCAAUGGCAAUGGUACGCGCCCUGCCCCGAAGUCACUGCUUGAGAAAUAAACUGUGCCGAUUGAUAAA